AUGACAAUUGCUAAGGAGCUAGAAAAACAAAGAUCAGUCAAAGCCAAGCGAUUGCAAAAAGCUAAAAAUAAUUAUUUUAAGACAGAAGAGUUCUGGUUGAAUAAAACAGGUUGUCCGAUUGGAACGGUCCCUAUUCGACGAUUGACACAAGAACAACUCCAAAAUGCCAAAGAUGCCUCCUUAAGUAUGGCAAAUGUAUCCCUUGCUGAAGACAUCAUCGAUGUACAUCCACAACUAUACGGUGAUAGCCGAACUCGGCUGUAUUCCCAUUGGACAACGGAUGGCGGCCAAAAAACAGGAUGUUACAAUAAUAUUUGUCCAGGUUUUGUUCAACUUGACACUGAUGUACCAAUAGAUUAUGCAUUCCCAAAAAUCUCUAGGCCAAUGUAUGAUGACUAUGAAUUGGAAAUUCAGAUAUACAAGGAUGAAGACUAUUAUCUUUUGUUUCAGGGUUUGUUUAGCAUUGGAUUUUGGCCGGAGACACUUUUCAAUGAAUUGAGAAAUGGAUCACAGGUAGUGCGGUACGGAGGACAGGCGUUUACACCGGCGGGUCAACAAUUUAGUCCACCCAUGGGAAAUGGUAAUUUUGAGGAUGGAAAUCCACACACCACUUGUCAUAUGCGUCAAGUCAUGUAUGGAGUGGGCAAUGAUCAAGAUGUUCAACCCGAUGAAUCGUUGGUUCAAACGCAUCAAUCUAGAUGUUACCAUGAAGGAAGUCAACAUAAUGCUCAUGAUGAUUACUGGGAUUAUAAUUUUGUAUUUGGGGGUGCUGGUUUUUGCUAA